CUGUAGGUACUCAUAACCCCGCAGACAGGAUCGCUAGUGAGCAGCCUCCCCGGCUCAAACUUCUCCUAACAACCCACAUUUUUUUGAGGACGUUUCGCUCCCAAGUUGGAGGGGCGGUAGCCUGGAGCUUUUCUCCCCUCUGUCGACACUGCAGUUUUUUUUUUAUAAUAUUAUUUUACUAUUGUACCCGUGCCCGCCGGCUGGACCACCGACUCUUUUAAAGCUCACACUAUAUAUGAAUAUACCAACCGAUUCGGGAUAUUACGCGGUUACUAACAGGAUGGCUACAGAAAACUUGGAGAUGAACGGCCAUCCAGACCGAAGCGGCGGGGCGGAGGUCCCGCUGCAGGGCCCCCGGAGGAGGCAACAGGGGCCUCUGAACAUGAACCAUUAUGCCAAUAAGAAGAGUGCAGCAGAGAGCAUGCUGGAUAUCGCUCUGCUGAUGGCCAAUGCCUCACAGCUGAAGGUUGUAAUGGAGCAAGGAUCGGGUUUCACCUUCUAUGUGCCCCUCAUCACUCUCAUUAGCAUGUCCCUCAUCCUACAAAUCAUAGUGGGAGUUCUGCUCAUCUUCAUAGUUAAGUGGAACCUGAACGAUGAAAGCACGCACUACAAGCUGAACAUCCUGGAGAAUGUCUCCACGGCCUUCGUCUUUGUCAUAGUCGUGGUCAAUGUCUUCAUCACAGCGUUUGGAGUCCAGCGACCCAACCCGAGCUCUUGAUCACCCUUCGCCUCACUCUCCUGCUGAUCGACCUAGCAAAGAUGGACUUCCACUUUAUUUAUGCAAAUGAACAGGAUAUUUAUUCACCAACUAAAUGGCAUCACAGGUGCACGUGUUUUUUAUGUGAUUCAACCUCCCAGGCUUCUCUAACCAUGGCUAUGGACAAAUGUACGGUCAGUUUUUAUUUCAUGUGGUAAACCAGCAGGGUGUUACCUCUUAUCAUGCUCAGGUUACUGAUGCAAAUACAUGACUUUACUUACAAAACAAACAUAUCAGGAGCAGUAUACUAAUGUUUCCUGGGAAAAAGACGUUCUAUUGUUACUCUGAAAUGUGUGAGUAUCUGUCAUUUAAUGUAUACCUACAUCUUUAUAAAAAAAUAAUAAACAUCACCACAGCAUAAUCCAAAUGACAUUCUUAUUAAUGAGAGCACCAGGAGCCAUCUGAGCGUGCUGCUGCUCUGAUGGCACAAGAUGAUUUAACAGCUUUAUUGUGGGCGCAAAUGUUUUGUUUACACUGUUAAAAAACCUCAAACAAUCAAUGAAGUGGACUUUACAUGCUUUGUUUUUUUAAAUGAUAUGCAAAGUCUAUUGUGUAAUGUUUAAAGGGAUAUGCCCGUAUAUAUAUAUUAGCUUAUGUCUUCAAGUGUUUGUGCAUUGACGUAUAUAGUGUAUGUCACUUUUUUUUAAGGACCAAAUAUUUUUUAAAGCUUUUACUACGAUGAUCUUGUAUUACACACUGAAUAUUUUAAAUGACAUUUAUAAAUAAAUCUACAGAAGUGAUAAGAUGUGUUUGUUGUC